AUGUCCUCAACUCUUACACCAACUCAAACUCUCAAUCACAAAAACAACAAAACGUUAUACUCUAAAAAACAUUAUCUUUCAACAAAAAACCCCCUCCAACAAAAAAACCAAACCGAACCAAAAACCUUAUCCAAUCCAACACAACAACAACAACAACCACAACAACCACAAAAUACUUCAGACGCCUAUCGUUAUGGCUAUGAUGUUGGUAAGACUGGAAACUUCCACCACGAGACGCGUGGCCCUGAUGGCGUCACCUAUGGCUGUUAUGGUCUGAUCGAUCCCUAUCAUCUGCUGCGCGCAACACACUAUGUGGCCGAUGUGCAUGGCUACCGCACCGUGGAGCCGGAGAAACCAGUGGAGACCUUCCCGCCCGGUCUGUACAAUGAGACGAACGGUGGACCGUCCAAGCCUGGCAUCCUGCUGCAGUGGCACGAACUCUACUUUCCCAUUGGCUGCGGCAAGUUUGAGGGCGGUGCCAUCCAUGAUAUACCCUAUUUCGUAGUGGAUGAUAACAAGAACAAGGGUGUUGGCACAUCUGGCUCGUCGCUUUCCUCGCUUAACAUACCUGUACUGAAGGGUGAGGGCCAGAAGAGUUUGCCCAUUCACAAGCAGGGACCGAAGGGCCUGUUUAACACGAACGAAGGACACACAAACGAGGGACCUGGCGAUCAGGCUCCGUCCUUCCAUUCGGUGGCAUCUCUUAGACCCGGCAAUGAUGGAAAGUACAAUCCAGAAGAUAAUCGCUAUCAGCAUAUUGUGGGUCCCGAGGGCGGUUUCGGUCCUAAUGGAGGAUCAAUUGGCCCGAACGGAGGUUUCGGUCCCAAUGGAGGACCAAUCGGUCCGAAUGGAGGUUUCGGUCCCAAUGGCGGACCCAACGGUCCAAACGGUGGCUUCGGGCCUAAUGGUGGCUUUGGACCAAAUGGAGGAUUCGGACCGAACGGUCCUCCCGGCCCCAAUGGACCCAAUGGUCCCAAUGGACCCAAUGGACCCAACGGCCCACCUGGACCCAAAGGACCACCCGGACCACCAGGACCUCCUGGACCAUUCGGCGCGGGAUCGGGAGCCUCAGGAAAACCGGUAUAUAAGGAUGGCGAUCGCACUGGCAGCGGUGCUGGCAACAAUAUCGGUGGUGGAGAUGCCACAGGCCCGGGCGGCGGUUUCGGUGUCGGUGGCGGUGACAAAUACCAAACCGGCACCGGUUCCGGCGCUGGUCGCGGUGACAGAUACCAAACCGGCAAUGGUUCCGGCCAAGGUGAUGGUGGCAAAUACCGUCCUGGCACUGGUACCGGAUCUGGUGAUGGUGGCGCUUACCACACCGGCAGCGGCUCCGGCCCUGGCGGUGUUGGCGUCUAUCCUCCCGGCAAAGGUUCCGGUGUUGGCGGCGGUGAUGCCACCGGUCCUGGCCCUCUGGGCGGUGGUGGCCAAUAUCGCCCUGGCAGUGGUGGCAAUAUCGGUGACGGUGAUGCCAACCAUCCAGGUGGCGGUGAUGGCAACCGUCCAGGCGCCGGCUACAAUACUGGUACCGGCGUCGGUGGCCGCCCGGGCAGCAGCGGUAAUGGCGGCUAUAACGGCAACCAGCCCGGCACUAAUGGCGCCUACACUCCAGACACAAAUACCGGUUUUCCUGGGGCCAUCAAAUACACUUCAGGUUAGAUCAAUUGAGAUUUGUAAUUGCGCCG